CCUUUCAACCCCCGUGCGAGGUGGAUGUACGCUCCCCAGGGUGACGUUCCCCAGCCCCGUGUUACCCCAGGCGAGGGAGUGAGAGGCAUGACCCUGGGGGAGUGAGAGUGCCAGGGGUCAGGGUGCCACCAGCAGGACGCAGCAGCAUUUCAGAAGAGGAAGAAAAUUAAAGAGAGAGAAAGGAAGAAAAUAAAGAAAGAGAAAAAUAAAGAAAAUUGUGUCAACUCUCUCACUCACGUCAACACACACACACACACACACACACACACACACACACACACACACACACACACACACACACACGAUAAAGAGAGUGAGAAAGAGAGAAAAAAAAGAAAGAAAAUAUGCGGUUAAGUUAAUGACCAAACCUGGGAAAGAGAGCAAAAGUGAGCGAGUGAGAGAGUGAGAAAAUAGAGAGAGUGAGAAAAUAGAGAGAGUGAGAAAAUAGAGAGAGUUAGAGGUAAUGGAGAAAGAGGAAGGCGUGACGUCAUCAACAUGGUACAUCGACCCCAGCACCAUGGCGAGUCAGGAGUGGUCGGACUCGGAGUCGGUGGGGAGCAGCGUGGCGGCCCCCUCGGAAGUCUCCACCGUGCCGGACAAGUUUGGUUUCCUUGGGGGCGCGCAGUACACCGAUGAAAGGUACAGCGAGGAGGCCGUACCCGUCGACGUGAUCCGAAGACGCGAGAAGAAAUGGCUGGAGAUGUUCAGCGGCUGGGACGCCUACAUGCUCAAGCGCUACAAGAAGGUACGGGACCGGUGCCGCAAGGGGAUACCCUCCGCCCUCCGCGCCCGGGCCUGGCAACACCUCUGUGGCGCCCACAAACAGCUGGAGAGGAAUCCCGGGGUGUUCAACCAGCUGGCAGAGGCCCCGGCUGACCCCAGGCUCGAGGAUGACAUUCGGAAGGACCUCCACCGACAGUUCCCCCUCCAUGAGAUGUUCCUGCAGAAGGGAGGGCACGGGCAGGAGGACCUAUUCCGGGUACUGAAGGUUCACGCACAAGUCUCCCCUGAUGAGUACUGCCAGGCCCACGCCCCCCUCGCUGCUGUGCUCCUCAUGCAGAUGCCCGCCGAGCCUGCCUUCUGGUGCCUCAAGGCCAUAUGUGAUAAAUAUGUGCCUGGGUAUUAUGCCCUUGGGUUGGAAGCAAUUCAGGUAGACGGAGACAUUCUUUACAAGCUGCUGAAGAAGGUGUCGCCCUCUGCUUACAAACACUUGAAGAAGCACAAGAUCGAGCCGGUGCUGUACAUGACGGAGUGGUUCAUGUGCCUCUUCUCCCGCACGCUGCCCUGGUCCUCGGUCCUGCGGGUGUGGGACAUGUUUUUCUGCGAAGGCGUGAAGGUCAUGUUCCGCGUGGGUCUGGUGAUCCUUAAGUACGGUCUGCGGUCACAGGUCCUCAAGCGCUGCCCGGGCAUGUACGAGACCCUGCAGGCCCUCAGAAACAUUGAACACGGGGUCAUGGCUGAGGGAUUCCUGCUCUUCCAGAUGCAGCGUCUUGACCUCACUGAAGACGACCUGCAGCGAGAGCACCAGCGACAGGUACAGAAGAGACGACAGGCUGCAAAAGAGGCGGCUUCGGCGGCGGCUAACGGCAGAUAGGAGGGACCCUGGGGUGUGGCGGAUGGGGAGGGGGGGACUGGAUAGCUAACCUCCCACCCCUUCACCCGUCACCCCUCUGAGGUAGCCUGAAUGAGAGUUUAGUAGUAAGGGUUUGUUUAUUUGGGGGACUGGACGUGCAUGAGGGUUUGAGUGCCUGGAGAAGCUGUUUUUAGUGACCUGUUGAGGAGUUUUGGUGACGAAGAAACGGAUGGAGGAAGUGAGUGGUGUGACGCUCUGAGAUUUUAGGAAGAAGGAGAACUUGGAGAAGAGGAAGAAGAGAAGGAAAUAGAAGAAAAGAGAGAGAGAAAGGAGAAUUAGAACCAAAGUGAAAGGAAAGAGGAAAGAAAUGGAAGAGAAAAAAAGAAAGGAGAAUGAAUGGAAGAGAUGAGAAAGAAAAAUAGAAAAGAAAAAUUAGAAUAAAAGCCAAAAAAUAAAGAAAA